AUGAGUGAAAAGGGUUUAGCAGAACACUAUAAAGUUUUAAAAGAAUUUUUGGUAAUCUCGGAUGAUCUGAGUACCAGAACUAAAACUAAUUCGACAAGAGCGGCUAGAGCCAGAGAAAAGCUCUUAAAGUUGUCGAGCGCUCAGUUCAGAGAGUUGAGUACCGAUGUGUAUGACGAAUUAAAGAGAAGAAUUGACGAGUCCAGAGGUGAGCCAGAUUAUUUAUUACCAAAAUCAACCUUUCAUCCGAAAAGAAAUCAAGCAAGACAAAAAUUGUCUUCAUUGCCUCAAUCGAGAUUCAAAGACUUAGUGUCAGAUAUUUCCUUCGAAAUAGAGAGAAGAGAUUUACACCGCACUUCCGACGUAAAUAAUAGUAAUCAUUAUGCAAGCAAUGAUAAUAGUAAAUCAUUAAAUCAAGCUGUCCAAGAUAACGGACGCGAAAUAGAUAACAACAAUAAUAUAGAUGAAAGUAACCAUAGCUAUAGUACUAAAGGUGACUUGAAAGAGAUGGAUGGAGAAAUCAAUUCUGCGAAGCAGUCUAAGUCGUCAGAGUUAUUGAAUCAAACGAUAGGGGUGCAACCCAAAACUGUGAUUCCAACCAAAGCAAAUUUGACUUGGUCUAGCGACGAAGAAAACGAUGACGAUCAGCCAGAGAUAAAUAGACUGGAUAUACUUAUUGAUGGCGGUAGAGCUGCUAACAGAAGCAUUGACCAUCAAAAUGAUAGAUCAUUGAACGUUGGUAUGGAUCAAACGGUCUCUGAGUUGAGGAAUCGUUUGGAUAAUAUUGAGUCCGAAAAAAUGCAGCUUCAAGAAAAAUAUGAUUUACUUAAAAGUGAUUAUGAGUACUCAGCUUCCCAGAAUAAAACACUCAGUGAUGAAAUGGAUAAUUUGAGCGAAGAAAAAAAUAGUUGGUUACAGAAUAAAUCUGAUUACGAAAGACGAUUGGAGGCUUUGCAGUCGGAGGCUAACUCUAGAUCGAUAAACGACUCAAAAAAUAAUGAUUUGCUACUGGAAUUGGAAAAUUUAAAGGCAACCAACGCAAGUUUACGGUUAGAAAAUCAUUCAAUGAAAAACACUUCCCCACGAGAAGUCACAACUUCUCGUGAAGCUGCUGCAUCCCCUCAAAGAUCCAGUGUCAGAGAAGCUCCUUCUAUUGCUUCUUUUAAUGCAUUCAAUGAUAUUGGGGCUACAUCUCCUCAAAGAUCGAACGCGAAUUCGAAGGAUGUUUCUAUAAAUUCUUCGAAUACAUCAAAUGAAUUGAAGAAAGAUAUGGAGUUAUUCUUCGAAAAAUUAUCUGAUUUAGAUUCCGCCUCAAUCAAGAAUCAACAAACAUCCCAGUCGACAGACAAUAAUGCUGCUUUAUGGCAAGAAAGAUACGAAGCUUUGAGAUCUGGUCAAAUCUCAAGCUCUUUAAAGAGAUCUGUUUUAUCUAGAGAUGAAUUGAAAAUGUUUGUUACUCCAUCCGGAUUAAUUUCCAUGAAAUUAGUGACCGAUUUACAAGCUCUAGUAGAAAGUUUUUUGUUAAGUAUAAAUGAUGCAAAUCCGGUUCCUGACUUGUUAAUUGAUAAGAUAUCAAAAAUUGCUUUGCUUGGUAAUGAAAUUGCGAACCAAGGAGAGAAUCAGCAUUUGAACAGUAAUGAAAACUCUAUUUGUCUUCGGGAGGCAGUUAGCUAUGCUCUCCUUACUACAAGAUAUUAUGCUAUUUUUUCUGACAUCCUUCCAAAAAUAGUUGUUGAACAAUCACUCGGUGAAGUUUGCUUUACUGUUUGUGAGUUGAUAUCCAUUUCAAAGUUAAAUGAAAAUUCUACAGGCACAAUAAAUAACCAGGAACCAAUGCAAGUUCUGAGUGAAAAAAUUAGAAACAAGGAUGUGAAUGAAGGAAAUAGCGAUAUUAACACUGCUGUAAGACCUUUGAAAAUGGCCAACAAAUUACGUGAAAAUCAAAACCAAAAUGUUAAUAAUGUUGAAAGAGAUGUGGAAUCUUUUUCUACACCAACAAAAAGCUUCAAUGAGGGUUCAAUCCUAGAUUCACAGAAUGCGACACCUACUAAGAAUAAAGAAUUUGCCCAAGAAAGAAUGGAUCAUAUUGCUUCGUCAAGUUCUAGUAAAAUUGAUCAAUUAUCUCCAGUGAGAAGAGGCAUCAUUCCAACCGAGUUUGCUUCCAAGGGAACCCCAAGCUUAUCCAAAAAUCUAAACCCUAGCCCAAAAAGUAGAAAUAUAAGUGCUUUGGCUUCUAAGUUUGAGGGCGAUAAUAACACACCAGAGAAAGCAAGAGUACCAAAUUCAUAUUCCCCUUCUCCAGCAUCUAGGAAACAGAAUGAUUCAUUUUUGACAUCUUCAGAAUCAAAGGAAAUUGAUUCAAAUAUAAUACCAGAUGAAGUGAAUAUUACCCCUACAAAAAACUCCAACAUACUUGAUAGAGUCAAGCAGUUUGAUAGUCCAACGGACAGAAAUAUAAAUAAACAUCAAAGUAACGCUGAUUACCUGACAAAUGCAGAAAUUAAGAGUGACCAAAAUAGCAUAUUGAGUGACAAAGAUAUGGAUGAAGCGCAAGUCAAUGAACUGAAUGAUGAUGUUAAUAAUAGCUUUUUAGUGAGUCGUUCUUCUUUAGAAAUUAGACAACAGAAUCAAGAAGAUACGUCGGAGUCGGCUCUAAGUUCUCCUCGAUUAGAAAACGUGAAUGAAAAUGAUACAAUAGAUUCUAAAAUUAAUACUGGAGCAGCGGUUGCCGGAGCAGCUGCCGCUGGAACAGCAUUUGCAGGUUCUAGAAGCAAAGGGUUAUUUCAAAGUAUACGGAAUAGGUUAGCGCCAGGAUCUGAUAAAAAUUCCACAGCCGAUGCUAAUAACGAAGAGACUCACACCGGUGCUGACUCUAACGGAUCACCAGAUACUGAAAUAACCUCCUCGAAGAAUUCAAAAGAUGGAGUCAAUAAUCUUCCUGAAGUGAAAAAAGAUGUGGAUUCCAGGUCAAUAGUAUCUGAUAAUAUUUCUGAUGCUAAUACUUCCAACGUUGUUCUGGAAAACAGUAAGAAAAAUGACACAGGUAGUCUGUUUGAAGCCGUCAAUCCAAUAACUGAAAAAGCUGAUCCCCCAAUUACAAGCUCUGAGGAAGAGAACAUGAAUGGAAACCAAUCUUCUAUUAGACCACAAUAUUUAGAUUUAGAAUCAACUAAUACGAAUGGCAAUCAGAAGUCUCAAGGUUUAGACGAAAACGCUACUAAUAAGAACAUAUUUAAUGAUAGGAAUAAAGAAGCAAGCAGAAAACCCAAAGGUGUCAACUUUGUGAAUGAUAUAAAUACAUCAAAUGUCUCUGAUCAAGAAGAAUCCUCUUCCGACCCUGAAUCCGAUGACAAUGGACAUCCACAAGAAUCCCAAGCAAGACAAAGACAAGAAUACCGUAAAUCGAUGGCAGCAGCUACUUUCAAUGUUGAUCUCUUCGACAUUGACGAUCCGGAUAAUACUCUAACUCAGGUUUUACUUUACUUAGAACAUCAGACAGUACAAGUUAUUUCAACGAUUCAAUCUUUAUUGUCUGCCAUUAAGAAACCUAGUGCCACUAGAGGUGAUUUGAGACAGAAGUCAAAAGCUAUCACUGAGGUAAUAUCACAAAUGACAGAAGCUACAAAUACAUCGAUGAAUCAAACUCGUAAUGCUCAAUUAAAGGAGCACGGUAGUUGGGUUGUCAAAAGUUUGGAUGAUUGCAACCAUCGUAUGAAUAUUUUAUGCAAGCCUAAUGCUGAUAAGAAUGAUACUGAUUUCGCUGAUAAGAAUUUCAAACAGAGAUUGGCUGGAAUUUCAUUUGAUAUCGCGAAAUGUACCAAGGAAUUAGUUAAAACGGUAGAAGAAGCAAGCUUAAAGGAAGACAUCGCCAAUAUUGAUGCUAGAUUAAGUCAUUCCGAAGACCUAACCUAA